CCCGAAAAAAAAAAUCCAGCAACAUGAAUUGUCUAUCCGCGAUGUUCAAGUACCUCCUGUACUUGCUCAACCUGAUCUUUGUGGCCGGUGGCAUCCUCCUAAUUGUGGUUGGUUCCAUCAUGCUCUCAACGAUGGGUAACUUUACCUCCUUCGACGGAGCAGUUAACACCCAGACCAUCCCGAUCUGCAUUAUCGUCAUUGGCUGCGUCACCUUUGUGGUGGCAUUCUUUGGAUGCUGCGGCACCAUUAGGGAGAAUGCCUGCUGCACUACGAUUUACGCCAUCUGCAUGCUCAUUCUGUUCGGCCUUCAACUGGCCCUGUCCAUUUGGAUCUUUGCGGCCAACGACAAGUUCCUGACCAGCAUGGGCAAGGUGGUGGACAAGGCCAUGGAUGAGAAUGACGCUGCCCAGGGAUACCCCAUGGAUGCCCUUCAAUUGGCCUUCAAUUGCUGUGGCAACUCUGGUUACGCCGACUACACCACCGUGCCCGCCUCCUGCUGUGGCUACAAGGAUCGCAGCAGGACCUGUGAGGCUGCCAUUUAUACCCAGCGACCUGGCUGCCAGGCGGAGUUCGUUGAUUUCUGGGCCUCCAACACGGACAUCAUUCGAUGGAGCAGUCUGAUCAUCGCCCUCUUCGAGCUGGGCAUCUUCAUUAUGUCAUGCUGCCUGGCCAGUGCGAUGAGGAAGCGCAUCGUGGGCAUCCUUCUGAUCGUGCUGGGCUCGAUCAUGUUAUCGGAUCUCAGUCACUUUGAUGGUGCCGGAAGCGGUACGAACACCGAUACCAUCCCGAUUUGCGUAACCGUUUUGGGAGGCCUGAUCUUCGUGGUGUCCUUCUUCGGGUGCUACGGUAUCUUCAGGCAAAGUGCCUGCAUGACAGGAGCAUACACCAGCAUGGUUUUUAUCCUCUUCAUCCUGCAACUGGUGCUCACCUGCUGGGUGUUUGUGAAUCGAUCAGCAUUUCUAAAUGAUAUGACCAAUUUGGUGAACUUGCUCUGGAACUCAAAGGACUACAAUGCAAUGGGUGUGCUGGAGAACACCUUUGGUUGCUGUGGCGACACCGGCUAUACGAACUACGGUAGUAUGGGUCUCUCGGUUCCCGGAACCUGCUGCGGCUACUUGGAUCGCCAGACCACUUGCAGUGCCCAAUCGGGCUACCAAUCGAGACCCGGCUGCAGCGAGAAGUUCGAGGAGUUCUGGAACGACAACAUGGACAUCAUUCGCUGGUCCGGUCUGGGCCUCUGCAUUUUUGACCUGAUCGUCUUCCUGAUCGCCGGCGCCCUGACCAAUUGUAUGCGCACCCAGAACGGGUUUGAGAUCUUUGAACCCACCGAGGUCAGAGCACAGGAGUUCUCGCGAAUAGCUCCGCAGCAUCCCAUGAAGGCCACCAAGAAGAUGAUGCAUCCGAGGGCCAGGAUGAUGAUGGCCACGCUGUUGGCUGUGAAUGUCUCACCCACACCCGAGAACAUCAUGGACUGCGGCACUUCUAUGGUCAAAUACAUCCUCUUCAUAUUCAACACCAUUGUGUCGGUCAUCGGUAUUUUGGGCAUCGUUUAUGGCGUGCUGAUUCUGAAGAGCAUCGGAACAAUCGAGGUCAAUGGACAGGUGGGCUUCCCCCCACAGGCUCUUAUGCCGAUCGUUCUGAUCAGUUUGGGCUCGAUCGUGGUAUUCAUCUCGUUCCUGGGAUGCUGCGGCGCGAUUCGGGAAUCUGUCUGCAUGACCAUGAGCUAUGCCGUCUUCUUGCUGAUCCUGCUGAUCCUGCAGCUGACCCUCGUCGUGCUGCUGUUCACCAACAAGGAUAAGUUUGAAGACGCCAUGGGCAACGUCAUCGAGAAUGCCUGGAAGUCUGACACCGCCCAGGAGGGAGGUGUGUUCGAUGCCAUCCAGAAAUCGUUGCACUGCUGCGGAUCAAGCUCUGCCCUGGACUACCUUGCCAAGGGACAAACUAUGCCCCCCAGUUGCUGCAGUGGCUCUUGCCUGAACCCGAUCAACUACUACGGAGGAUGCCGUGGAAAGUUCGUCGACUUGAUGUCCGCUGGCUCUGAUAACGCCAGAUAUGUGGGCAUCGGCCUUAUUGCCGUGGAGCUGAUCGGCUUCAUCUUCGCCUGCUGCCUGGCCAACAAUGUGCGCAACUACAAGCGCCGGAACGCCUACUAAGGGCUAGAUGCACCCAUCAACCACAUCGAGAGGCACACCCGCAUCCAGUAGCACACACUCCUCACAUUCUCAUUAACUUUUGCAGUCGUCGAACGCACUUACACAAAGGGAUAAACAAUAAUAACUUCAAAUAGCCCAUUCACUUGGAUAUUUGUCAAGGAAAGAACGAGAAAAAGCUUAGUUUAAGGCGAUAUGAAACGCUUACAUUUUUUAUAUCCUAUGUAUUAUUGGUAUAAUUCGUUUUUUACCUACCAAACGAACCGAGCUAACAAAGCAAUUCCAAAGCCUUUGUACAAACGUUUUACUUGUUAAACCGAAACCCCAAAAAUUAACUAAAUAAACACGUUAAUAAUAAUACCUUUGUUUACAACUAAGCAUAUAAUCUAUAAACUGUUGAAAAGCCCCAAGCAAAAGGAAAUAUAUAUAUUUAUCAUAAACAUAUAUACUCGUAUAUGUGACCACUGUUCAUUCUAUUCAUACGCGUCGUGAGAAUCUCCGGGUAAGAUUUAAAUUUGGAAAAUGCAUCAAACAAAGCGAGCUCGAAUUGCAAAACAAAAUGUAUGAAUAAAGCAUUUACUAUGUAUUUAUAUACCAAAAAA